UAUGGCGCCUACCACAACAAUCCCGUGAAUGUCGCGAUUCAUAUGACAUGUGUGCCGAUACUUCUCUUCACGGGCAUUGCCCUGGCUUCCAACACGCCCACCCUCAUCCCCACCCCUGAGGCUCUGCGGAUUGAAAAUCUCCCGCUUAAUCUUGGGACGAUCGCUGCUAUAGUAUACUCGACGUUCUACAUCCUCUUGGAGCCUGUUGCCGGUGCUUUGGUGACGCCGCUCAUCAUCGGCGGCGCGGCGGGUGCGAAUCAUCUCCUCAGUACCUAUGGCACGACCGCGAACUACUGGUUUGGUGGAAUUCACGUUGUUUCAUGGUUGGCGCAGUUUGUCGGCCAUGGUGCCUUUGAGAAAAGGGCCCCUGCGCUGCUGGAUAACCUGGUCCAGGCUCUGCUGCUCGCUCCCCUCUUCAUUUGGAUGGAAAUCCUCUUCUUCUUCGGAUAUCGCCCCGAGUUGAAGAAGCGAUACCAUGAGAGUGUGGACAAGGAGGUUGCGACUUUCAAGGCCCAGAAGAACAAGGCAAACAAGUGAUUGAAUCGUGGUCCCAAGGCUAGAGCCGUGGGUUCCUGGGGCUAUUGUAGCAAUCGAUGCCUUGCUGCUUUCGUAGCCG